AUGUGUCCUUUGAACUGUUCAGUUUGUUCACUAACUUUAGUCUGUAUUUCAUGUAUUUUGCCUUUUAAAUUAAUACAUAAUACUACAACUAAUAUAUCAUCUUGUUCUUCCUGUGACGCUAAAUAAUUCUAUAAUUCAACUCUUAAAUAAUGUUAAAAUUGUCCUGAUUUUAAUUGCUAGAAUUGCGAAGAUAACACCGGUUUAUGUAUUGGUCCUUGUGAUAAUUCAUUCACUUUAAAUGUUACUACAGGAACUUGUACUUGCGAGACUCCUGUAAAUUUAAUAAAGUUGGGAAUCUGCAUUCCUUGUGCUUUAAUGGUUCCUAAUUGUCUAGAAUGUACUCAAGUGGAUGUAUGUACUAAAUGUUCAGAGGGUUUAAGGGUACUUUCAAAUACUAAUACUUGCGGUAAUUGCGUUUUGGGAAAUUAUUAUGAUGUAGUAAAAAAAUUAUGCCUUCCAUGUAGAGGAUGUACUGAAUGUGCAGAUACUACUGGUAUUUGCGUGAAAAAUACAUGCAUAGAUGGGUAUAUUGCACCGGAUUGUAUUUGUAGUAUUUCGAAAGUUGUAAAUCCAUUGAAUUAAAGGUGUAUUGACUGCAGUGAUUUUUUCUAAAAUUGCUAGGAAUGUAAUAUGUUGAAGUGUUUUAGAUGGAUAUUAUUAUACAUUUGCGUCUAAAAAAUGCAAUUAAUGUUCAAGUAAUUGUCUUAUUUGUUAAGAGGAAACUGGAUUUUGUGA